AUGGGCGUCUCCGCUACACCUCGCGCCAAAGAAAAAUGGCUGGCGACCGUGCGGAGACUACCGCAGAUUAGAUUAGAAGCAAAUAGAAAUAGAAUAGAGAUUAGAAGCAAUCAUAUCCGAGAGGAAUAUGAGAGAGAUGAGGGUACAACCCAUAACACCCAGACGAGAUCUAAAAGAUCAUUGUCGAAGAACAAUAAUACCCUAAAUUAUCGAGUUUUGACAGAGCUCGAAGAUGAUGCCUCGAUAAAUACAACAACUACGUCACUGUCGAAAUUCAAAAUUAGGGUGCUUGAAUCAGGGGUUAUAGCUCCUGAAUUGGGUAUUGUUAUGGAGCAGACGGGAUCUUAUAUGGAAUAUUCUGGAUAUAUAUAUGUUCCAAUAAUAUACCACAUGCCACAUCUCGCAGAGUCUGGCCUAGUUGGUAAAGGAGAGACAUGUAAUACCACGGCUAAUUGGGAGCAUCAGAAUUUAAUUGUUCAGCUCCUAAAAGAAAAAAUUGGAACCUUGAUCCCGCAAAAUCACAAGAGACGAUCGAAAAGAUUUAUAAAGGCAAUAUCACGUCGGGGUCACCAGUUUAGCUUUCGAAUUUUGGGUCAGAAUAGUAUCGUUCCUCGUGUACACUAUGCAACCUGUACGUGCUUAUGGUGGGAUUGUUCAGCAGAGAGCCCUAACGGGAAGAGAAAUGUGCAACAGAAACGCCCAGUUCAAUCUGGGCGUACGAGGGAAAAUAACCUUCAAACUUUACGUAACAAUACCAAGCCGUAUGAUCUAGAAGCCGCGCUGAUUCAUCGCGCGGCUACCAGAACCAGACCAUUGCAAUCGACUGAUUGGAAUGGUCAUAUCGAAAUGACGGACGAGUGCAACUUGGGUUUGGCUCUGUUCCAAGUCAAUACCCACAACUUCGUCAAUAAGGAAAUCCACAUGAAAUUUAAAGAUGGUAUCCGCUCAAAGCGAGUUGAGAUACAUCGUGUAUUGGACUAUUCGACUGUUGAGACUUAUCUCUUUAGGAAGUCUCACCGUAUUACUAUUCCUGAUUUAAUGCUGAAAUAUAUGGGGGAUCAAGGAGUGGAACAGUAUUUGUCCGAGUACACCUUGACCUCUCAGUUGCUCGACAAGAUAGACAGAAUAGAUGCGGAACUUGAAGUUCCGUUAAUAGGACCCAGUUUCGAGAUCCAGGGGGGUUACACUAUGAAGCCUCGGACUCUGGGACAGUGGUUUCUGAUGCUUUUACUAGAACGAGUGCGUCGCCGUGUAUCAGAGGGAGUUGGCCUACGUACUUUACUAUACUGUGUAUGCUGGUGGUCGCGUUUAGUGCUGGAGCACGAUUAUGAGCGCUUGCGUGCGAGCGCCACGAUGAUUAAGGCGUGGCUAUUACAGAAUACAUGCCAAGAUUGCGCAUAUAAAUUUCUUAGAGAGCUUAGAGCGGACGUAGCUUUUGAGUAUUAUUUCAAUAUUGCCGAUUCCUUUUCUGAGAACAUCACUUUACCUGAUCUGAAACCUUCUAUAAAAAUUGGGACAUGUGGAGAGGAUAGAGUCGUUCCCAAUAAUAAUCCUGGCGUUAUAAAGACAUUUGGUCAACAUUCCUUUUUAACAUCUCCAUUUGCUAACACUUGCUUACCUGUAAGUGUAAAACUUGUUGAGAAUGAGCUUCCCAGAGUUUUUCAUAUGACAGGACGUCAGACUGCCACAUUGCUUACUAUGCUUGACCUCCAUGCGAGAGUUCUCCGAGCACAAGAUUGGAAACAGUGUCGCCGGGCCUUUUCUGCGUGCUUGAGGGAGCGUCGCGCUAAUAAUGGUGAUACAUUACUCGCUGUAAUGUGUCAGAUAGUUGAGGAUCUCGUCGCAUUGGCGCGUUUGUCUCCAGCGUUAUCAACUAGCGUGGGACAUUUCGCGCUUCUUAUUUUCCAAGGCACGUUAAGUGUUGAAAUGAUACAAGCCUAUAAUUUGGCCCGAGAUAAUACCAAUUUAAGUGCACAUACUUUUAUUGUUAGACAUUGUUUUCUCAGAGCUCCAACUCCAGAUACGCAAGCCUAUGCCGAUGUUAUGUAUGAUAGGUUCAUAAACUUAGAC